CUCAAGCUCAGUCAGAAGCAGUUGGCCUCCAUUACCCAGCCUAGCUCCUCGUCUGCCCCCAUUUCCAUCUCGAUCGGUCUCUGCAGCUACACCUCUGCAUAACUGCAUUGACGUCCAUGGAUACGGCCAAGUCCCUGAUCCUGUGCACAGUCCUUGCGGUGUGCCUCGCGCUCGCCGCCGCCGACUGGUCUCAGGGCACCGCCACGAACUACGGCGGUGCCGACGGCUCCGGCACCAUGGGUGGCGCGUGCGGGUACGGCAACCUGUACAACGCCGGGUACGGCAUCAACAACGCGGCGCUGAGCCAGACGCUCUUCAACGACGGCGCGUCCUGCGGCCAGUGCUACCUCAUCACCUGCGACGGGUCACGCUCGGGCGGCCAGUACUGCAAGCCCGGCAACAGCGUCACCGUGUCGGCCACCAACCUCUGCCCGCCCAACUACGGGCUUUCCAACGGCGGGUGGUGCGGCCCGGGGCGCCCCCACUUCGACAUGUCGCAGCCGGCGUUUGAGAACAUUGGCGUCUACCAGGCCGGCGUCAUCCCGGUGCUGUACCAGCAGGUCAAGUGCUGGCGCAGCGGCGGCGUGCGCUUCAGCCUCGCCGGCUCCAACUACUUCCUGCUCGUCAACAUCCAGAACCUCAGCGGCAGCGGCUCCGUGGGCGCCGCCUGGGUCAAGGGGGACAAGACGGGGUGGAUCCAGAUGUCCAGGAACUGGGGCGCCAACUGGCAGGCACAAGCAGGGCUCGUCGGCCAGGGGCUCAGCUUCGCCGUGACCAGCAGCGGCGGGCAGUACAUUCAGUUCAUCAACGUCGCACCGGCGUGGUGGAAGUUCGGCGAGACCUACACCACCAACCAGAACUUCUACUACUAACACCUGCAUUGCAAGAAGCAGAGCGCUUUGUUUCCUGAUCCGCCAUUUCUUGCAAUUCGGUCGAAUGGCAAGUGCGUGCGUGCUCCUGGUUUUUUACGGGAGCUAGCUCAACUUGCCAUUGCAUCCUUGGUGACCGCCUGACUAGCAUCUGCCCUAGGUGAUGCCCCGACUGCAAGAGGAGGUGCGCGCCAUGUAUAAUUUCAAAUUUCGACCUUAAUGUGUAUUUUAUUUAAUUUCUCUUAUAAUAGUUUCCUAAUGUUUUCAAAUAUUGUGUUAGUUGAGUCUUACAUAUAUACAUGUAAUCUAUACAGAUGAAUCAAUGGAUAUUCAUCAUAUUGUUGAGUCAACAAA